AGUGAAAUAGUUUCUUCAAAAAAAAAAAACGAUAGUGAAUAGUAUUCCCCUGCCCUCUGCCCCUCUUGGUCUGGUCAUCCAUAUCUGGAACCCUAACUAAUCCAAAGAUCAAUUGAUCAAUCAAUGGCUAACAUCAACAACAAAGACGAACCCAGCACUGCUCCCACCCCCGAUCGCUGGUAUAAUCUCAAUCUCGGCUCCUCCUUCAAGGAUCAUCACCCCUCCUCCAAGUUCUGCACUCUUCGCUAUGAAUUUAAGCCAGCGUCGAUAGAUAAGAACCAGACAGGAACAUUGACUAAAAACAAGGACAACAGAGUUACUGUUGAAUUUCAGAAUAAUCAGCAGGGUAAGCCGAAAGUCACAUUUGAAGGUAGUAGUGAGGAAUAUAAGGAUAAUGAUGCAGUGUUGUUUUUUGAUGGGGAGACUUUUCGGUUAGAGAGGUUGCAUCGUGCUGUUAAACGUUUGAGGCAUGUGCGCACACGUGGCGAAUCUGCUGCUUCUGUUGCUGGGGCCAAUACUGUUGGGAUGAAUGCUGUUGACGCUAGUUCGCCACCUGUUGGCAAGGCGAAUAAGUUUCAGUCAGCUAAUAAAGGAACAAAUCUUCCAGUGUCGGUUGAGGUGGAAAGAAUUGAAAUUGGAGACUUCAAGAGUUUAGAUUCUAAACCUAGGACUGAAAGGACAUUUGGUUCUCCUACUUCCCGUCCGAGUUUGCAAAAUACUUCACCGGAUAUGAAGUCGCCGGAUGCCAAGAUUGAUGACCUGGAUGAACAAUUGGAUAUACUUAACAAUGAUGAUGAAGAUGCUGCAGAAGAAUCCAAUAGAAGAAAUGUAUUUGAGAAGGAAUUUCAUUCAGGGAUUGACAUCAACAUGCCGCAGCAAAAUGACACAGAUGACGAAAUAGCUGAAAUAGAUGUUAGUGAUGAUGAUGUGGAUAAAGGCCCCAAUGCUGCAGAAGCUCUCAGGGAACAAGAUAAUGCUGAGGGAAGGGCAGCACAAACUUCAAGUUCGAGUAGCAGUGAGAGCGGAAGUAGCGGUAGUGGGAGUAAAAGCAGUAGUGAGAGUGGGAGUGGAAGUGGAAGCAGCAGCAGUGAUGGUGGCAGCAGUGAUGAAGUCACCUCAAUCUGAUACUUUUGUUGUUCUUAGCAAUGACAAGAACAUUAUACGUCAUACCUAGCAGUAAGGUAAUUUGUGUUACCAUCACAUGGUGCAAUGCCAAGGACAUCAUUUAACCUCUGGGGACAGGUAUACAAGUGGAGCACGGCUGACAUUCCAAGCUCCGCUGUUUGUUUAUGGUCAACGUACAUUCUUAUAGGCAAAACUUCGCAGCAGAAGUGAAAAGGAAUUACUAUAUUACAGCCUAUAUAUUCUUAAUCCUUUUAUUGUUUGUUAUAUUAUUGAUUCUGUCCUUUUUUCUUGACUAAAACUUGUAUUCCAACUAUUCAUAUAUAUUCAAAAGGCUGUUUCGUUUCC